ACGCGGCGCCGCUGGCCACUGGGCGGCGGUGGCGGCGGGGCGCGCGCGGGUGUAGUCUGUCUCUGGCCAUGGUGGUGGUGGCCGCGGCGGCGAGCCCGGCCUCUGGGGCCCCGAAAGUACUGCUUCUGUCCGGCCAGCCCGCCGCCACUGCCGCCGGAGCCCCUGUUGGCGGGGCCCUGCCGCUUAUGGUGCCGGGCCAGAGAGGGGCCAGUCCUGACGCGGCGAAUGGGGGCCCGCCGCAGGCGCGCAAGCGACAGCGCCUGACUCACCUGAGCCCCGAGGAGAAGGCGCUGAGGAGGAAACUUAAAAACAGAGUAGCAGCUCAGACUGCCAGAGACAGAAAGAAAGCUCGGAUGAGUGAGCUGGAACAACAAGUGGUGGAUUUGGAGGAAGAGAACCAAAAACUUUUGCUAGAAAAUCAGCUUUUACGAGAGAAAACUCAUGGCCUUGUAAUUGAGAACCAGGAAUUAAGGCUGCGCUUGGGGAUGGAUGCCCUAGUUACUGAAAAGGAGGCGGAGGCAGAGUCAGAAGCACAGGCCAAGGUAAGUCUUUUUGAUAUGGUGUCAUCUUUGAGAAUCGGUUCCAAGUGACAUGAUCCAGGUUAUGUUUGCAUACUGGACCCCUGAUCAAAAGCAUUUUUGAGAUUUUUCUUCGUUUUAUGACAUCUCAUGUAGACAGGGUGUUCUUUCAGUAACAUUUUCAAGUGUAUAGUGAAUAGUAUUAAGUCCUAAUUAAGUUACACAGCUUUCAGGACAAGUACUGACAAAUACUAAUAGUGAGAAUGAACCAUGCAAGCAUCAAAGAGAACCAGUCAAAUCAGACUUGUG